AGGCAGCAGCCUUCGGCGGGGCAGCACAAGGCAGGACCCUGCUAGCUGAGCCUCCCGCGCGGUGCCUCGGUCUCAGUGCCAAGAUGGUUGUUCUCUCCAAGGAGUACGGCUACGUCAUCCUGACGGGGGCUGCCAGCUUCGUCUUGGUUACGCACCUUGCGGUGAAAGUGAGUAAGGCCCGCAAGAAGUACAACGUGGAGUAUCCUACCAUGUAUAGCACAGAUGCUGAAAAUGGGCGUAUGUUCAACUGCAUCCAGCGUGCACACCAGAACACAUUGGAAGUUUACCCACCCUUCCUGUUCUUCUUGGCCACUGGUGGAGUCUACCACCCGCGGAUUGCCACAGGGCUUGGCAUUGCCUGGAUCCUUGGGAGAAUCCUCUAUGCCUAUGGCUAUUACACAGGAGAUCCUAGAAAAAGGAUGAGAGGGGCCUUUAGUUCAGCUGCACUCAUUGGACUGAUGGGGACAGGGGUAUAUUCAGCUUUUCAACACCUCGGCUGGGUCCACCAGCACUAACUGAGCGUCUCAAUUACUGCCUGGGAAAAUGAAGAGUUUCCCCCUGCUUCAAACAUUUCAUUUUGAAUCUGUUUUCUUCCUUAUCAUUAAAUAAAAUGAAGUUGUCGAUUCCAGA